AUGCUUGAACCUAAAUUUCCUGAUAUACUUGAAUUUGAAUUUCCUGAUAUUAAAAUACCUAAAUUUGACUUUUCUGAUGUUGGAUCUUCCAUUAGUACUAUUGUAAUGAUAAUAGUAAUAUGUAUGGUUGUUAUCAUCAUUUCUUAUUGCCUUAUUACUGUCUGUGCACAUUGUUUUAGAUUUGAUGCUGAUGGGAUCGACGAAGAAAAAUGUGCUGCCACGUGUCAGAGUGCUAGUACUACAGGUGUAUCUGGACGCAAUUUGGCAGUAAGAGUAUUAGUAGCAGUAAUGGUAGU